CCGCCCCUGCCCUACCCCCAGUCCCCACUGCCCACCGGAGUCUGAUCUGUCAGUCAUUGCCCCAGCCCAAGCCGGCCAACCCUCUCCACCCCGGACUCCGGCAGAGGCCCGGUAGCAGCCCAGGGUCCAUCUGCGCUUCAGAGACAGAAAGGGCGCUCCUGGGGCCCUGGCCGGUCGCGCUCCCCAGGGAUGCGAGUCCUUGCACCGACGCCCGGCAGAGGCCGGCAUGGGCGCGGCUACUCUCGGAGCACAGGGAUGAAGCUGUGUUGGGGGCCCCGGCGCCCCGCCGCAGCCAGUCCCGCGGGCCCCUGAGGCCGCCGCCCCGAGCGCUCAGCUGCUGGGCUCUCAGAGCUGCCUGGGGCGCCCUGCCAACCACCGAACCUCCUGCGGUCCUUCCUGACCCGGACCCAUGGAGCCAGCAGUGCUGGCCUCGCACAACCACCCUCACCACGAGCCAAUCAGCUUCGGCAUUGAUCAGAUCCUGAGCUGCCCAGAGCCCCCCGGGAACGGCCUAGGCCCGGGUCACGCGGGCCAGGGCCAUGGGGAGAGUGCCGCGUUCUCGGGUGGGUUUCACGGAGCCUCAAGCUACGGCCCCGCGGGCUCUUUGGGCCCGCUACCUGGCAGCUCCGGCGUGGGUCCGGGCGGCGUGAUCCGCGUCCCGGCGCACCGCCCGCUGCCAGUGCCGCCACCCGCGGGAGGUGCGACUGCGGUUCCUGGCCCCUCGGGCUUGGGCGGAGCCGGGGGCCUAGCGGGACUCACCUUCCCAUGGAUGGACAGCGGCCGCCGCUUUGCCAAGGACCGGCUCACGGCCGCGCUCUCGCCCUUCUCUGGGACGCGCCGCAUCGGCCACCCCUACCAAAACCGGACCCCGCCGAAGCGGAAGAAGCCGCGCACGUCCUUCUCCCGCUCGCAGGUACUGGAGCUGGAGCGGCGCUUCCUGCGCCAGAAGUACCUGGCCUCCGCCGAGAGGGCGGCGCUGGCCAAGGCCUUGCGCAUGACCGACGCUCAGGUCAAGACGUGGUUCCAGAACCGACGCACCAAGUGGCGGCGCCAGACGGCAGAGGAGCGCGAGGCGGAGCGGCACCGCGCCGGCCGGCUGCUCCUGCACCUGCAGCAGGACGCGCUACCGCGGCCGCUGCGGCCGCCGCUGCCCCCAGACCCGCUCUGCCUGCACAACUCGUCGCUCUUCGCUCUGCAGAACCUGCAGCCCUGGGCUGAGGACAACAAGGUGGCUUCCGUGUCCGGGCUAGCCUCGGUGGUGUGAAUGACGCCUGCCCGGCCGGCCGAGCGCUUUUCUGGACCGAGGAGCCGCGUGGAGCGCGGGGCCCAAGGCUUCCCUCGCCGUGGUCCCGAGGCAGGGCAGCGCGUAAGGAGGAGCCGGCCUUGAGGCUCUCGUCGAGGGCUGCUCGGCCACCGCCGGCUCCCAGGCCAGCGUGGCGCGCUCGCUCUGCACGCUGAGAUGCGGCCUUUCCCGCGUUUUUCACUUGGAUUGUCGCACGGCUGCUGGAACCUGAGGCGCCGAGAGGGCGGGACCUGAAGUACGGGAGCCAAUGAGGUGCGGGGAGGUGGGGCGGGCUGGCCAAUGGGAGCUGCUCUUCUGAGAGACACAGGAGUCUUCGGCGGGUGGGUCGGAAGUGCAGUUCUGCCGGGCUGCAGCAGGUCAAAGGUGGUGCUGGAUGCGGCAGUCCGCACUGGCUGGGAGGGUACCAAAGGUGUGAAGGAAGGAAGGAAGACGCCAACGACAGCGGAGUAAUGGACGAGGUGCUGGAAAGCGAGUCCGACUGUGACAGGAAUCAGAGUUAUCCACAUUGGGCAUCUCACCCUUCUGUAAAAUAAUCGCUAAGGAUUCCUUCCUGACUUUAAGCCUCAUGUUGUCCAUGUAUGUUCAACCUGUUGACUACGUCCUCCUAUUUGAGAGCUUCACAAUGUGCCUGGGUGGCAGGGGAGACAGAUACUUCUCUUUCAUCUUUCACCGGAUGAAUGGGAAUAUCUAGGAACAUUUAUCCUUCAGGGACAGAGAGGAUAGAGGAAGAAGCAGUGGACAAAUUUAAUGGGCCCAGUGAAUUUAGGGUGAGCAGAACUUGGCAAAUAAUUAGGAAGUAAUAGACCUAAGAAGAAUCAAAGAUAACUCUGAGGCUGGAAAUGUAGGAGAUCAGGAAAUCAAUGGUAUUGUGGAUGAUGAAGGGGGAAAUUGGGAAGAUAGGAGCAGGGUUAACUCUGCAGGCAAAACUAAAUGCUAGACCUACAGAGAAUAAAUUCUGGAAAAAUGCUUUGGGGGAGGUUAGUUGACAUUCACAUAGAGGUGGAGAUAGAUGGAAUGAUGAGAACAGAAUCUCCAAGGGAGGAAAUUCUGAGGAGGAAAGCAGAGUUCUAAGGACUAAAUCUUUUUUCCCCCCACCAAAUUCUACAAACACAUAAUGUGCAAGAUGAUGGAGGAUAUUAAAGUUAGUAGUCCAAAGGAAGAAAAGGGAAACGAAUACCCAGCCUGAAAGAAAGGAAACCAUGAAGUUCCUGACGUUGUUAGAAAGACUUUAGGUUGUGGGCAGGCCAGGGCUGCCGGGAAGCUUGUUGAUGGAAGGUUGAGAUUUUGGGGAUGGCUGGAAUAGCUUUGAGAUUUCGGAAGGAGCUGGAUUUAAGUUGUAUGAGGAUGAAAGGGAAAAUUUUGUCUGAUUCUCUAGAAGCCCCUUUCUCCCUCCCCUGGAAUCGGGAGCAGUGUGGUAGCGAGAAGUGAGCUUUAGGCAGGAUCAGAGGCCAACUGUAGUCAAACUACUCACGUUCUGUGUUAGUGACAGCUAGAUCAGCAGA